AUGAAGGGCGGCAGCAGGUCCCCGUCGGGCAAGGGCAAGAUGACGGUGAUGCAGCGGUCGGGCCCAACCACCAGCCUCCCCCAGCCCCAGGAGGCCAGCUCGGCAGGCGGGCAGGACCUCAUCUCCACCGCCAGCUCCGCGCUGCGCCGCCUGCACUUCAAGUCCGCCGGCGGCAGCAGGAUCAACAAGACCAGCAGGUACCAGUCGCCGCAGCACCAGGUGCCCAAGGUGGUGAUCAUGGGCAGCAGCACCACCUCCACCUCCUCCAACAACACCAUCAACACCAGCACCGACUCGGCCAACACCGUGACCACCGUGGUGACGGCCACCGACGACGCCGACACGGACACCGAGUCGACGCCGCGCGCCGCGCACGCCGCCGACAGCGUGGACGAGAUCCUCUCGCUGGAGCGCGACGACGAGUCGAGCGGCACGGACGAGACGCACCGCCAGCAGCCGCCGCCGGCGCCGCCGCCGCCCACGCCGCUGCUGGGGGCGGCGCGCCGCGAGCCGCGCUUCGUGUUCGUGACGACGGCGGGCGUGGAGGACGUGCGCGAGGAUGAGGAGGAGCAGGAGCAGAGGGUGCUGCCGGCCCGCAAGCACCAGCACCGCAGGCACUCGAGCCGCCGCCGCUCGCGCCACAGCUCGCGCUCGUCCGCGUGCUCGUCGUCCAGCGCCGCGACGGCCGCGCUGCCGCCGCCGCCGGACCUCCGCGUCGACCUGGUGGCCGAGGGGGGGGAGCCCCUCGCGCCCCCCGCCGCCGUAACCGCCGCCGCUAUAAAUACGGCCGCCGAGCCGCCGGCGGUGAACACUACCGCGAACCCUCUGGUGGGGCUGACGUCGCCGUCGUGCCUACAGCAGCAGCAGCCCAGGCAGUCGGUGGUGGUCGCGCAGCCGGGGAGCCCAGCCGUCGCCACGGUGCUGCUGAAGACGAGCGCGGCGCACGAGUGCAGCCGGCGCGAGGAGAACAUGAAGCAGCUGCUCGACGUGGCCAACACGCUCACUCUGCAGGAGCUGCACGACUUCGAGAUGAGGUACGGCAGCCCGCACCACAACCGGUCGCAGUCGGUGAAGACCCCCGGCAGCCGCUCCAACCCGAGCGGGCGGCCCAACUACCUGUGCCUGCCGCAGCAGAGGUCGCGCGUGGCCAGCAUGCCGAACACCGGGGUCGAGGAGGAGUACUACCGCCUCAGGCACUUCAGCAUCACGGGCAAGGGCGUCGUGAACCGCGGGGACUCGCUCAAGAGCCGCCGCUCCAAGUCCAACACCAGCGUCACCUCCAGCAACUCCAGCCACAGCACGGAGCACGUGACGACGGCGAUCGGUGGAGGAGGCGGCGGCGGCGGCGGGGGCGGCGGGGGCGGCUCGUACCCGGGCUCGGCGCGCACCUCGGCCACCGCCUCGCUGGCCUCGUCGCGCGAGUCUAGCGCCAGCAACCCGGGGCCCUCGCCCUUCCGCGUCGUCAUGCUGGGCGCCGCGGGCGUCGGCAAGACGUCGCUCAUCUCGCAGUUCAUGACCUCCGAGUACCUGCACGCCUACGACACGUCGCUCGAUGACGAGUUCGGCGAGAAGUCCGUGUCUGUGCUGCUGGACGGGGAGGAGUCGGAGAUGACGUUCAUCGACCACCCUUGCGGAGAGAUGUCGCCGGAGAACUGCAUCAUCACGUACGAGCCGCACGCCUACUGCGUGGUCUACUCCACGGUGGACCGCUCCAGCCUGCGGGUGGCCGAGGAGACGCUGCAGUACCUGUGGAAGACGGACUCGGUCAGCGCCAAGGCCGUCAUCCUGGUCGGCAACAAGACGGACCUGGUGCGCUGCCGCACCGUCACCACGGAGGAAGGGAAGAGCAUGGCGAUGUCGUACGACUGCAAGUUCAUCGAGACCUCGGUCGGCAUCAACCACAACGUGGACGAGCUGCUGGUGGGGCUGCUGACGCAGAUCCGGCUCAAGCUGGAGAACCCGGAGCGCGCCAGGGACCUGUUCCGGAAGCGUAGUUGCUCCCGCAAGAAGGGCGGUGGCCGCAGCAAGUCACCGCUGGGCGGCGCCAACUCAGGACACAAGCCGUACCGCGGCUCGCGCACAUCCACCAGCCUCAAGGUCAAGAACCUGCUGGGCAAGGUGUGGGCGAGGGACUCCAAGUCCAAGUCGUGCGAGAACCUCCAUGUCUUGUGAGGAGAGCCCUCUUCUUGGACCUGCUUCUCUCCGGCAGCUCCUUCCUGUGAAUGGGGUGCUAGAAGCCCAGUGUUAGGUCUCGUGUCCUUUGUCAGGACUUGGGUGUAAGAACCUGCUGAGCAAGUUGUGGGCCAGGGACUCCAAGUCGUGUGAGAACCUCCAUGUCUUGUGAGGGGAGCCCUCUUCUUGGACCUGCUUCUCUCCUUCCUGUGAAUGGGGCGCUAUAAUGGUUCUUGGUAAUGGAUCUUGUGGCCUUGCCAAGACUUGGGGAUAAAACCUCCUUGGCAAGAUGCGAGUGAGAAUGUGCGACUCUCUAGGCCAAAUCGCACUGCCUUCUCUCCAUGUCCUGUGAAGAAAUUCCACUCCCCCAGUCCGUUCUUUCCAAAAUUAUUUCCCCAUUUUGACUGCUGCGAUUUGUACCAGAGUAAGGUCGAAAGGCUUGAUCAGUAGGUAGUGAACGAGUAACUGUGAAUCCAAAGACAAGUGAGACCAGAAUGUGCGGCUCGUUGUCGAGACUGUUCUGCAUCAAUCUCCUACUCUCCAAAAACAUCCAUAAGUCUGUCAUUGAUCACGUAUCCUUGCAGGACAAGGUGAAUGAGCCAGCUAUAGCAUCACAAAGAUAUAUGAUCUCUCCGGGUCAUGUGAAGAAAAUCUAACCCUAUUGACUCCCUCAUCUUGCACUCAGUCAUCUUGCACUCAGGUCGCUAGGAGCAGUGUCGCGUCAAAACUAUACUGAAGAGCUUACAGACGCAGUGUGCGAGAGGAUGUAAGAACCUUGUCAUGAGUCACACAAGAGCAUGCAGGUCAAAUAAGGAGGCCCUCCGGCAAAUAUGUCUCAGCUUCGGAAUCUGGGUACACUGUUUGUUGUCUCCAUACCUGGUGUGAUUCGUGAACUAGAGGCAAGCCAGGGCGAGUCAGUGUAUCCUCGUUGAACCAUGUGUGUAUGUCAGAAGUACUUGUAUAACACCUUCUUUAAAAACAUACUGUAGUGCCAAAUCUUCCGUUAUCGCCUGUCCUAUUAAAUUCUUCAAGCCAUGUUUUUGAAUUAAUGUCAAUGUUAGAUAUAAUAUAACGCAAACAAAUUUAAAUUUGUGUGAAUUUAAAUAUCAAAUUAUUUGAAACUUACUUAUAAAUUUUUGUUUAGAAUGCAACAUAUCAAUACAUACGCUCGCUUCACGAAAACUUUUGAAACCAUUUUCUUUGUUUACAUUAGCCUAUAUUAACUCUAAUCUUCUUUUUUGGAUUUAACCAAUGUGAUUAAGGUACUGUCACCGAAUUUUAGACUACAGUGAGUUUUAAGAAGGUGUAUUUUUUACAACUAUUCUUUAGUAAAAAUGUGUGAAUAAUGUAAAUAUUUUAUUAUUAUUGUUAUGCGUAUAAGCAAAAAAUUCAAUUAAAUGGAUUUACCCAAAAAGUUGAGCAAUUUUAAGACUCACAUGUCUUAAUGCACUAGUUCAAUGUGAUUUUUGUGUUUUAUGAGUAUAUUUGAGCUAAAUACAAACCGUAAAUACACAAGUAAUUUUUUUGGUUAGCGUGUUCCAAGAUCCCCGAUAUAAAAUCUUUUUUUUAACAAUCUUAAUUUUCAUAAAGUGAAAUAAAAUAGGAUGGAAAUCAAUAUUUACAAAACUGAUCUCCCGCUUGAUAGAUAAAUUAGAAUUUUACUAAAUUUUUAGCUUUACAGUCAUACUGGAUCACCCUACAAAUAAUUAUUUGAAACCGUACUAAAAAAUAAAUUUCUAUAAAAACAAAGUUAGCACUUAGUUUUGGGUCACCUCAUUUAAUUUUCAGUUACAAAAAUAAUUAUUUGUCAUAAAAAUGUAUCACUGUAUUAUGACAUCGGUAUUGUAGCUUUAAUACUUUCAUGUGCUCAUUGUCUUGUUUAAAUAAAAACACUGUAAAGGUAUUGUAUUCAGCUUAUCAAAGCACUACCAAACCAUAUUUGUAGACUGCCUAUCGUAACAUGUAAAUAUAAGAGUUUCCCCGAAGCAGAAUGUUUUCACCCAAAUUUUCAUAUUUAAAAUAUUGCACAUUUACUCGUUCAGAUAUUGUUGUGAACACAAAUGUAUUUACUUUCUUUUUAGAAACAUAAAAUAGUUUAGUUUGUCAUUUAAAACGAAAUCUUGGUUGUAAAUUGUUGAUAUUUAAUUAUUUAAUAAUACAGAACAUAAAAUCAAAGUCUUAUUUUAUAUGUUUAUAAAACUUAAACCAACGUAAAUUAAUUUAUUAUUAAAUGUAAAACCACUGCAAAAUUUCUGUCACUGGCCUUGAGUACAGGAUUACAUGAAAUUGAAUUUAAACUAGAAGCCAAAAAAUUUAUAAGCCACUGAAAUGUGAAUAUUAUCAUUUUGGUGAGCUUGAUUAUGCAUAAUUUGUUAUAGUGUAGUGAAAAUGUGUAGAGAACUCGUAGAUAUGUGUAUAAAUUUAAGAAAAUUCAUUAAAUCAUAUAGAAUAAGCGUUGUCCUAUUUGAAUGUUAUUUUUUUUUCUUUUUGAAAAUCUCUUAAUCUACUCAAAAUGUCGGUAUACAUGAAAUUUUAUGACCACAUUUAUUCAUAAAUAUUAAAGCUAUUGAAGCAAAUAUAUAAACCCCUAAAUAGUAUUUGUUUUAUAAUUUGCAUGUAUGUCAUGAUUUUUGUCGUUGUAAGGGUACAUUUUUUAGAAUAUUGCAUUAUUUUCUAUGUAAAAUAUACCGUCUAAGUUUUAUUAGCUUUUGUAUAAAAUAUAAUCAAACCCACACGUUGAAUAUUCCUCCACCAAGGCAAGUGCUUGAUGUGAUAUUACAAUCACAAGUGUUAGCGCAUGGUGCGUCUUUAUAGCACGCUAACGACCACAUUAAACACAUAUUACAUAACGUCGGUGCGUAGUAAUAUAAGGAUAAACAUGCAAUCCUUAAAUCAUGUAUGUGAUGCAAAAACUCCAAUUUUUCACGUUAUGGAACAUUUAGCAUAGUGAACUAACUUGGGAAUUUUUAUCUUAUAUCUGCAGUUGAAAUUAUGAAAAUAUAGGGUCCACACGAUAACUGUAUAUAUAGCUAGAUAUCAUAAAAAUAAUCAUCCUAAUGAAAUCACAAAAACGUAAAUCGAGAAUAUUGGUGACACGAAAGAUUUGACCAAAUAUUUUAUUUCCACCAUGAACAACGACGUGCCUUUUUUUCGAAAACAUUUAGUGGUUACAGCACAUUCAAGCAGUAGAGUUUAAACUGCAGGACAUUAAAAUGCGUAGAUGCAUGAUUUUUGUAAAUAUUGUUAUAUUACAUUGGCAUAAGAUCUAAAGAGUUGUCAUAGAAUAUGUGUUCAUUGACAGAUGUUAUUAAAAAAAAUAAACAAAAAUGUGUCACUAAGAUUUUGCAGGCGCAUUUAGUUAUGCCAAGAGUUAAUAUUAAGUAAAAAAAUAAGUUUACUUUGAACUUUGUACAUUAACACUUAUAGCCCUUAGCGUGAAUGUUAAGUAUUUGCAAUGUUUACAUUACAUUAUAAUAAUGAAUUGUUGUACAAUAAUGUUACUACACACUGAACUAUUGUGUAUGUUUGUUGUAAGAAAAUAUCAAUACAAGAAAACAUAAAUACCAAAAAUAAUUGUUUGAAAUUUAAUACUUCUUUAUCAUUGGUAGUAUAAUUUGAAUUUUCUUAUUAAAUUUUUCCAUUAACUUACCUCGUAUUAACGAGUAAAAAUUUCAAAAGCUUAUUUUGUUUGACCUGAUCAAACUUCAAUAAUUAUGUACAGAUUUGUUCAACUCUGUGAAAGUAGUCUGUGGUUAAACAUUUACAUUAACUAUAAUUUUUUUUAAAUACAUUCCUUGUUUAGUGUUAGUUCGUGUAUUUUUACCUACUUUAUAAAUAUUUUUGUACCAAUGUGUGUGUAUUUAGCUGUAUUACUGAUUCUUCCAUAAUAUCAUAGAAACCUGUAUUUUAGUCGUUUUGCUGUUUAGUGAAUUGAACUUCAACUGUGAAUGAAUGUGCUGCAUUAAAAUAAGUUAUUUAAGUGAGGUGUGUCCCUUGCUUGGGUUAUUGUCUAGCUAUCCUAUGAAGAAACCAUAUUAACAUACAUUAAAAUUGUACUAUAUAAUGUUUGAAAAUUUGACACGUAUUAAUCAGGUUACUUGUACAUCAUUUAAAUGAGAAUAAGUUAUUUUAUAAGUUUGUGAAAAAGUAAUAUCAAAUAUGUUGAACAUUGUUUAAGUAAUCACCGUGUAAGUGCAAAAAAAAAGCAACUUCCAUUAACAUAGAAAUACAAUUUUAAUUAAGGCUCUUCUUCCAAACUGUUUGCACUUUUUUAAAAUAAAAGUUUUUAUCAAUUUCGUCUGAUGUUAUUUAUCAAAAAAUAUCAUAAUGCACAGACUGUUUUUGCAUUAACUUUGUAGCAAUAUCAGUUUGAUGUGAUUAAGAAUAGUAUAGCAGUAUCGCUAUGCAUUGUAUUUUUUAGAAGUUUUGAUGUUCAGUGUUUAAUCGCUAUCAAAUUGAUAAUAAUGUGAGCACCAAUAAUAUUUACCGUAAAACAUUUAGUGAUGUGGAAUUUAACUAAGUAGUUUUCAUAAAACAGCUUUCAUAAAAGUCUUUGCUUUAGUUUAUACCAAUAAAAUUAUUUUAAAAUGAUUUGUGAGCAAUUAUUUUGUAACGAUAAUAGAUAAUAGAAGGAUAUUCGUAGACUAUUUUUAGAAAUGUAGAAUAAAUUUGUUACAUGCAUAUGUCUUUUGCGAUGUGUUUUGACGUACUAGGUUGUAUCAACGUUUGUUGUAAUUUAAUUUUGUAUUUUUACACAAUAAAUACGCACUUUUUUUCUUGAAACAGUCCGUGUUUCUCAGCUUGCAAAGGGCACAAAUAAUCAAAAUACUUCAUCAGCACAAUUCAAGUGCGAUUUGUCAUGAUGUAUAUGUGUAUUACUACAACCUCCGAUACCUUAUUUAUUAUCCACGUAGGACAACAAAUAAAUACUUAAUUUGUAAAUUUAUAUAUCACGUAGUUAGCAUCCUGUUGCACAGAAUCUAAAAAAAUAAUAAACACGUAUUUAUGUCUGGUCAUGUGGUUUCAAUCUUUAAUUUCUUGUUGUUAUAAUUAGCAUAAUCCAACAUUCAAAUUAUAUCUUAGCCUUUGUCACAGAUUUUAAUUUAUUAAUUACUUGAAAUUUAUAUUUUUCAGUGCAUGAUUAAGUGUCCAAUAUAAUUACAUCUAACUUAAUUCGAUGGAAUGAACUUGUAAUUAUCAAUCUAUGCUAAAUAUUUUUAUAAUUUCCAUCAGAUUUCUCAACAAUUGUUUCGAUGUACAUACAUAAGUAAAUGUUUCAAAACCUUGCUAUAUUUAAAGAUUUUAUCUUAAAUAGCGAACUGAAAAAGACAGCUAUGACAUCCUAUAAUUCCCAUUCUAUAAUGAAUAAUUCCUAACUUUUUCAGUGGUCUGGUACACAACCAACACAACCUUUAACCUUUCUAUUCUGGACACUACAGCUGUAAUGGACUAUGGACCAAGAAAGGGCCAUAUAAAACAGAACGUUAAUAUGAAAAAUUUCUACUGAAAUUGUACAUUGAUAAAAAAAUUAAUAAUCUUAGAUGUUCUGUGUGUAUUCUGUUGAGCGUUAUACAACCCACAUACGUUCGGGUAUUCCGGGUAUAUAUUCAAUAUAUUAAUUAUCGUUGUUGGAUAUUAUUCAGUGUUAGCCUACUUGUUUCCGUGUGAAUAUUGCUUUCAAAACAUUAUUUAUUGAAACACUAUGAAUAAAGGUGACCUUGAUUUUCUUCGAGAAAUAGUUAUUUAAGUAUAAAUAACUCUGGAUUUUAUAAAUUUUACUCACAGUUUUGUUAAAAAUUUCAAAUUUUUUUUUUUUGGGGGUGGGGGGUUCACUUAAAAUAUGUAUUAUUAUAUUUUUAAAAGAGCAAGACGAUUGCAAAUAUGGGUUAAAACUAUAAUCAAUUUUAAUUCUUAUGAAUUUGUGAGAAGGAACGAUGUUAAAAAUGUGUAUGAAUGAUCUCUAAACUCGUUUAAUAUCUACACACAUUCAGUGUAUAACCAUAAAUUGCCUGUUGUUUACCUAAUUAAUGUAUCUUUAUGAAAAUCUGGAAUGUCAUUAGUUAUUUGAAUGAAAUUUUAAAGUCAGCACACGUCAAGUUACAUCAAUAAUGUUCCAAAGUAAAAUAUACCUGUUUAAGAAUAAUAACAUCGUAAAAACAUUGUUUCAACUCACAAGCAAUGUUUGGUUAUGUUGUAAAAAUAUUUGUCACGGGUAGAGGUUACUAAGAGAAUAAAAAAUGCAUAUUGAAGUUAAUCAGCUCAAAUUAUCUUUUUACAUACAUGACACUGCACAAAUAGUGCCUGGACCUUUUUCAAGUUUUAUUUUUUCAAAUCGCUUUUAACUUAGAUAUUUGGUGUGGAUGAUAAUAACACUGAAGUGAGGUGGCAGCUCUGGGAUUGGCCACUGCACGAGGCACACCCUGCUGUCACCCACCUGCCGGAUAAACGGCCAAUCAGAUCAGAAUGCUCACGGAAAGACGAAACCAAUUGCAUUUACCCAGCUUUUCCGAGACGACGACAUCGCCGAAACACUGAUCUGCGUCGAAGCCCCUCGCAGAUACGCGUGGAACGUGUCCGGCAUAGAGCAGAAGCGCCGCGCGCAUCUCUCGACAGCUGACCAGGCGGGGAGGCAGGAAGAUCGCUCGGCUGUACGCACACUGUGCUUGUCAGAAGCUGUCAGAGCCCCAGCCUGCGCGUGCCACUCAUCUGCGCGCGGGGACCGACGAGUUUCCAGGAACUCGAGACUUUUGACGGGCAAGAGCGGGCUGCGUCCAGUGAAGCCCGCGGGCUUAACGGCUGCUCGAAGAAGUUGACAACCUGCUGGAGUGAUACGAUUAAGAAAUGAAGCCACCUCAGGCAGUCGUUCCUGACUGGCUCACAGGGACUAUCAUCAUCGCCAUGGUGAGCCGCCCGGCCCGUAUGUCCUGCCAUGGCAACCCGCAGAGAGUCCCAGGCCUUUAGGUGUGUUGUAAGUCUUUUCGGGUACGUUGUGGGUGAGGAAAGUGACUGGUGGGAGGUGGGGUAGUAGCUUAUUUGGGCCCUAGGGGCCAUGCCAUGAGGGGAGGGGGGCUAUGGUACUGCCACGGGACGGGAGUUUUGUGAGAUGUCCCUCGGGACCGCGCGAGAACCCGACCAUGCCCUGCUCGGGCUCCUAGGGCGGUAGGGCGGAGGAAGCUGUGUUCUGUAAUAAGUGUGAAGGAUAUUUGCCAAAGUGUAUCUCUCAUAGAUUUCGCGGGCAUGUCAAGCCAAUGGAGGUUGUAUUUUCCAAGAAGCUGAUUUCGGUAAGCCGCCGCCACGUCAACAGUGAAGCUAUCAGAGAAAACAAGUAUAAAACAGCAACUUUACGGGUACACUUUAAUUAAAUAACUGAGCGUUUUCUGUCCAGGUAGAGGGAAAUUUUCCACCAAUUGUUGAGCGCGUCUUAAGUGGAAAAAGAGGGUGGUGCUAAUGCCCAUAAGCUGCUGCAAAUAGGAGAGGUACGUCUGGAAACAGAUGAAUAUGGGAAAUAUUACCCUUACCAAUUAAAAAUGUUAUGCUGUAUGCUUGGCAGACGAGCUUAUCACUAAUGUUCUCCCGAGCUUACAAUUAAAUAUUUUUCAGAACUGGUCAUGUAAGAGGGCCAUACUGGUGCCAAAGAAAUCCGUUUCCAAAAAAUAACUAAACAAUAAUUCUACUCCAAUGAAACAGCCAUGUCAACUAAGGACGUUACCGCCUACCCUUUGGAGUUCCUGAAUUCGAGCAGAAGGCUGUUGUUCCAGGUAUCCUAUUGCGUAACCUUGACACCUCGAGAUUUGGCAAUGGUACCAAAUCACGCAUUACAGAGCUGGGAAGAAAUAUUCUCAAAACCAAAAUCCUUAUCGGGGCUGCUAAAGGAGAGUACGUAGGCCUAUUAAUGCCCCACACGAUAAAUAAAUUAUUAAGUCAAGCACUGAAUGUGGCAAGUAUGCAUUUGGGUAGUCAAUGCUUUUGAUAUGGUCAACAUUAUGUUGCUCAAAAUUUCCAUGUUUAUUGUGAGUAUAACAAAGCCUUUAGUGUAUCGCGUAAAUAUUGCAGUAAAGACAUAAACUACGGGCAAAGCUGUGGAGCGACCAAUACAGGCUGUGAUCAUCUACUUAAUAAAACCAACACUGACUGACAAAGCAGCUUAAACAGGAGGGUUUAUAAGUAUAAAAUGUUGCUAAGGCAUUACUUGUGUUACUUAGGUGAGCACUAAGAAAAUAAAUUUUGCAUAUUCAUCCCCUAAGGGGGUUAAAUAGGGGAUGAAAGUUUGUAUACAAGUUUGUCAAUAUUUAGGUUAUGUAAAUUGGUAUUUAGGCUUCUGUUUGUAAAUAAAAGUCAGUUUUAUCAGCGUUUUUGGUAAUUCAUCAAAAAUUCGGGAUUAAAUACUUUCUAUCGGGCAUAAAGCUAGUGGCUUUAUAAAAUAUAUUAACAGCUGGAGAAAAGUAAAAAUUCCUGAUCAAGAAUAGUUGUAAAAAAAAAUAUUUUUUUUUUAACUGGUUCGAAAUAUUAAUUUAUCGUUCGGUUUUGCCAUCGUAUUCUAAAAUUCACUCAAUGAAACUCCAGGUCACCACACGCGCCUAGCUUCUAACGAAUGCUUUCUCUCGGAAGUGAAUGCGUCAUUCAUGUUGCUUUUCACAACAGUUGAAUGAAUUUUUUCUAGAGUAUUGGUUUACUGAUAGUGAUAGAGAUAGUAAAUAUGUAUGAUAGGACUGAGCUGUAUACAAUCUUGAAAUUCGAGAAUAACUUCAGUGUUGGAAGCAAAUAAUACGAUAACAGAGUGACUCAUAUUUUCCAAUGAACAUAUAGUUAUGUGUCUUAAACAUUCAGUUCCAUUAUAUCUUGUGUUACAAUAUACAUAAAUUAGUUUAAUUAUUUUUAAUUAUCUUGAGAAGCUAUAUAGGUCUUUAUUCCACUUAAGGUGUUAGUAUUUUGUAAGAAACGUUCCUAUUUCUUGUUUAAAAAAAUUAAUUGCCAUGGUUUCUUGAAAAUGUUAGUAAAUGAGCUUAGUCUGUAGUCCCAAUUUUUCAAUUAAUAAUAAUUAAAUUAAUGUUGUUAAUGAUAGUGAUACUAGUGAAUUAUUUUUGUAUCAACUAUAUUAUAGUGUGUUAUAUUUUUAUGUUCAUGUCAGAAAUAUUACUUUGUAGUAUUCAAGUAGUUUCACGUGUUUGUUUGUAUUAACAAUUAUGUGUGUCCAUGAUGUGUUUUUAUCAGUACGAAUUAUGUGGUAAUAAAGAAGGUUUCAUAAUUA